GCGCGGCACGUGUCCGCGCGCUGCCCCGGGGCUCGCACCGCCGCUCGCCAGGCGCCCAGGACUGGACGUGCUCGGUGGGGGGGGACCACCGCCAUGCUCUUCCGCUUCGGCGUGGUGGUGCCGCCCGCGGUGGCCGGCGCGCGGCCCGAGCUGCUGCUGGCGGGUUCGCGGCCCGAGCUGGGCCGCUGGGAGCCACGCGGGGCCGUGCGACUCAGGCCCGCCGGCACCGCGGCGGGGGCGGCCGCGCUGGCGCUGCAGGAGCCCGGCCUGUGGCUCGCCGAAGUGGAGCUGGCGCCCGACGGGCCGGAGUCGGGCCGCGACGACGCGGGCCGCGUGGACACGUUCUGGUACAAGUUCCUGCAGCGCGAGCCGGGAGGCGAGCUGCGCUGGGAAGGCUCUGAAACUUGUAAAGUACUCCACCAAGGGUUAUCUUUGAAUUCUGGCCUUCCUACAAUAUGGAAAGAUAAUCUGCUCUCUGAUCCUACAGGCAAUGGACCUCACCAUGACCGUUGCUGUACAUAUAAUGAAAACAACUUAGUGGAUGGUGUUUAUUGUCUCCCAGUAGGACACUGGAUUGAGGCCACUGGGCACACCAAUGAAAUGAAGCACACAACAGACUUCUAUUUUAAUAUUGCAGGCCACCAAGCCAUGCAUUAUUCAAGAAUUCUACCAAAUAUCUGGCUGGGUAGCUGCCCUCGCCAACUAGAACAUGUGACCAUCAAACUGAAGCAUGAAUUAGGAAUUACAGCUGUCAUGAAUUUCCAGACCGAGUGGGAUAUCAUCCAGAAUUCUUCAGGCUGUAACCGCUACCCUGAACCCAUGACUCCAGACACCAUGAUGAAGCUGUACAAGGAAGAAGGCUUGGCCUACAUCUGGAUGCCCACACCAGACAUGAGCACUGAGGGCCGAGUGCAGAUGCUGCCACAGGCUGUGUGCCUCCUGCACGCCCUCCUGGAGAACGGACACACCGUGUAUGUCCACUGCAACGCUGGGGUGGGCCGCUCCACAGCUGCAGUGUGCGGCUGGCUCCACUAUGUGAUCGGCUGGAGUCUGCGGAAGGUGCAGUACUUUGUCAUGGCCAAGAGGCCUGCAGUCUACAUUGAUGAAGACGCCUUGGCCCAGGCACAGGAAGACUUCUUUCAGAAGUUUGGGAAGAUUCACUCUUCCAUAUGCAGCUUAUAGGUGACCAGCUUGCUUCUCGUAGUUGUCUUAAUAAGGAACCAGAGGUGUGGUUAGUGGAAGGCCUAUAGACAAAGACCCCAUCGGAACUGAGGGGACCGAAGCCCUCAGGACCCCUGGGCAUACCUUCUAUUACAGCUUGGUAGGGCUUACCUUUGAAAUAUUUUACAAAGGCAACUGCGUGCCACAUGAGAAAAAUUCAAAGUCAGCUGGGCAGCGGUGCAAUGGAUGCCACAGUUGCUGCUGCAUAGACUGUUAUGGAUUUGUGAUGCUUUGGCAUGCAGAAGACGAGAGUGGUUAUGUGGAUUUUAUCAUUACUGUGAGUCUCACAUGCACACACACACACACACACACACACACACACACACACACACACACACACAGCAUGUACACACGAGUACAAACACAUACAACAUUUUAUUGACCUGAAAUUAUAGACAUUUGCCAGUGGAAGGGAAAAGUAUAUAAACCUGAAUAUGAUGCAGAAAGAACUUGCCAUGGGCAUAAAACAACAGUUUUCUAUAAUUUUCUUUAUUCCAUUUCAUAGUUGUCAACAUCUCUGAGGCACCUCCUUAUUUUCCUGUCCUCCUCACAUGACAGCAGAAGUAGUUAGCCCUCUGUUUCUUCUGGCCUAUCUAAUUGCUAUUUUUUCCCCUCAAGACAGAGUUUGUACUACUCACUGUAGUAUAACAUAACACACAAAGGUCAGUCUUUAACUCAUGGUGAUCUUUCUGCCUCAGUCUCCCAAGAACUGGGAUUAUGGUGUAUGCUUCCAUACUCAGCACCACCGUUUUUCAAUGGAGUCUUUUUGAGCAUAGCUGACUUUCCCAAGUCUCAUGGUAAGUAGGAACAAGUUGAAGUUUUUAAUUCAAUUUAUCUGGCUCGGUGCUGCUUUCACUGCAUUUAGUUUUUCAGCAGACUGUCAUGGAUGUAGCUUUGUCUGUCUCAGGUCACUAUCCCUGCGGUUGUUUCUACAGUGAGAAAUGGGACAAUGUUCUGAACAAUUCCCAAAGAAUUUAGGAAAACCAUUUUAUUCUGUUCAACCUCCUUUAAGCUGUGGUUUGUGAUCCCAAGGUCAUGAGUGGAAGGAGCCUGAGGAGGGAGGCCAUGUCCAGAGAUCAGUGUUGGGCAGCUGGGGCCGACCCUCAAUUCAGCAUAACACACAUUGCUGUUCCUCCCAGACAUGUGGUUUAUUCCAUUAGGUUUUAUCAGAAGUACAAAUAUCAGCAAAAUUUUGCCUCCCAAGAUAUAAAAUGUAGAAACAGUUCUUGGUUCCAUCCUCGGGAAGACAGUCCCCAACUGACAUAUUAGGACACAGAAGGGGACUUAUCUUUAGUUGAGUGCCACUGUGUGCCAGUUGAUUUCCUAUGUCUAAUGCCAUCACAGUUCACUCUGGGAUGGGUUAUUGUGUCUGUUUAGAUGGGGAAGUGAGGCCCAGAGAGACGAAAACACGUGUCGACUGCCAUUGUUGUCGAUGGAGGCCAUGAGAUGAGAUGCAAAGCUAGGUUCGUCUCUCAGAUCCCAUACCAUCAAAAGUUAAAGUGUGAUAUUUAAAUGUGCUUCUCUUCCUUAUUUUAGAAACAUGUUAAUAGAUGGCAGAGAUGGUGAUUUGGGAGGCAGAGGGGACAAGAAGGCCACAGCCUGAGUUCCAGUAGUUUUCACAAUAGAGAGAGAUGUCUCAGAAUGAAGGCACUCAGAGGAGGUAGCAAAAGAGGGAGAGAGAGAGGGAGGGAGGGAGGGAGAAAGGGAGGGAGGGAGAGAGAGAGAGAUAGAGAGAGAGAGAUGUUUCAACAUGAUAGACACCCAGAGGAGGUGGCAUUUGUUUUGAAUAGAGUACCCUACACGAAACAUUUCUCCUACAGUUACAAAGUUAAGUCUAAAAACCAGUAUUGAGGGAUACCCGGCCUCUCCUACAAAGUAUAGCUAGAUGCAGCACCUAUGUCUAAGACCCAAUUUAUAAUCACAAUGUAUUAGGUAAAGUUUAAUUUUUAAAUGGGAUAUUUUAAACAAAUAUAAUGUGUGUGUGUGUGUGUGUGUGACUUAAUGUCUUAAGAAAUCCAGCUGUACAAAUUCCACUGUACAAUGGCCCUUUCCAGGCGGCUUUUUAUCUGUGCCUCAGAUGAAAUUGUUUAGAACUACAGAUGAACGUUUUAGAAUGACCCCACUUGCCCUCAGUGAGUGGGUUGUCUAAUGUAUCUCAAAAAUCACCUGGGAGCUUUGCUAAAUAAAAGCAUAAAAAAAGACCUUUGUGCCACAAAAUUGUUUAAUGCUGUCAACUUGCUCUGAAAUCUAGAAAAACACGUUUUUUUUUUAAUUUGUAAAAUGGGCAUUGGGCUCACCAAAUUGCUUUUUCGUUUUUGUUCGUGCUCAUUAACCUGUGAGAAGGGGUGGCUGACGGACGUCUGAGAUGGAAGAAGUGAAGGUGGCACUCGAGAAUGUCUUGGAGAAGACCAUGGAAGAUGCUGUCUCAAGUGACUCUCAUUGAACACUUUUUUUUGGGUAUAGAUAUGUGUGAGGUGCAUGGAUAGAACCCAGGGCUUCACAAAUGCUAAAAUACUCUGAACACUGAAUUAUACCUCCAGACCAACAAAACCUCACUCAAAGGAUUCUCACAGGAAAUUCUAAGAAGAUCUCUUACUUGGUGAAAGAGCACCAAGGUACCAAGAUACUGUUACUGUCUUUUAGACUCCAAAUACGUCUUUCUUUUAUUUUGCGGGCCAAAAUUGGUAAAAAGGAAAAAAAAUUAGCAAAACAUAAAAAAAUAUAUAUAUAUUCUCUUUGUCCACUUGGCUUGUCCUAAAAAACAAAAAUGUUGACGAAAAAAUGUAGUUAAGAGUUUGGGGCCAGGCAGUGGUGGCACACACCUUUAAUCCCAGCACUCGGGAGGUAGAGCCAGGUGGAUCUCUGUGUUUGGUGCAGCCGGGUCUAUAGAGCAGGCUCCAGGACAGGCACCAAAACUACACAGAGAAACCCUGUCUCAAACAAAACAAAACAAAAAACAAAACGAGUUUGGGAAUGAGAAGGAAAAAAUGAAAUGAGACUCAAAAGUGAACUAGAUGGGAAUUAGAACUCUCCAUACACUGCAACAGAGGCAAGACAGAAAGUUAAAAUCACAAUUCCCUUUAAAGGUAAUCACAUGCAGUUCCUUUAGAGGAGAAAGAGCCAAAACACCAUACCACAAUGCAAAGUGUUGUAACUGAGGGCCAGAGCAGAUGGUUAAGGCAGGAACACAGGUAAGUGAUUAUGGUGUGGAGGAGUAGAGAAGACUUAGUGCAAACGAGAUCAAACAGUAUAGAGGGGAAGACUUGAUGGAAGGAUUAAUGAAAAGUGGGGUAAGCAGAAGGAAAAGCAGUGCGCAAAAGCAAAGCUAAGUUUUACUCCUGUCUUAGUUUCUAUUGCUAUGGAGAGACAGCAUGGCCAAGGCAAUGGGUUCAGAGGGUUAGGGUCCGUGACCGUCAUGGUGGGAAGCAUGGCAGACAUGGUGCUGGAGUAGUAGCUGAGAGCUUGUAUCUCAAAGUUGGGGGCAGAGAGAGAGAGACAGAGACAGACAGACAACUGGGAAUGGCACGGGCUUUUGAAACUUCAAAGCCCACCCCCAGUUACACACUUCCUCCAAUAAGGCCACACCUGCUGAUCCUUCCCAAGCAGUUGUACCAACUGGGAACCCAAUAUUCAACUAUAUGCAUCUAUGGGGACAUUCUCAUUCACACCACAACAAAAUUUCUAAAAAGGAGGGAGGAGAGUGCUUUCAGAAGGAGUCAAGAAGAUGGUGCAACAAUGGAAGUGAAUGGAGAGCCAAGUUCUGUGCUCAAGAGACCAGCUAAGCAUGCAGCGACUUCUCUGAGGCAAAAGAUCCCAUUUAGAAGAAUCAGCACUAAGUAAUGUUUCGAAUCAACAGUGGGAACAGUAUACAUUUUUUAUCACCCACUAGAAAAGGAAAGCAAGUCUGAAAGGGCAAGCCUAAGAGUAGAGGAAGAAAUUGGUGAAGCUCCUUCUGUAUAAAAAUAAGGACAGUACUAAAGGGAAGAGGAAGGGCAUAAAUGGAUCUGUUCCUUUGUUCCCUAAACGAUUAGAGCAAAAGUCUUUUCAAUCUAUUUCAUGGAUAUGUAUGUCUGCCUUUCAUUGCUGUGACAUAAUGCUUGAGGCUACUUUGGCUAAUGAAUAAAGAAGAAGACUUUUGUCUCAUGAUUCUGGAGCCUUGGAAGUCCAAAACCGUGAUUACAAGAUCUGCUUGGCUCCUGAUGGGGUUUGUGGCACUUCAACUCAUGAAAAAUGGACAAAUGGUCUCAGGUGAGACUGAAAUUGGAGUCAUGCUAGCUAAACCAUUCCUACAAGAGAGAUAUUUACCAUCCACGAGGGCUCUGACCCCACCUCCCAACACUGAUAUAGCAAGGAAUUAAGAUUUCUGUACUUGAUCUUCCAGGGGACACAACGAGCAGUAGGUUUGUACCCAAGCCCUGUUUGGCUCCUCUUCCUCUCAACCAUCACAUUUGAUCCAUCAGGAUGGCAUGUCAUAUCUCUGGUAUAAAUACCCUGACUCCUUUACCAAACAGCUCCUCAGAGACAGUCUGGCCACAUUGUUGGGUUUCAAGAAUAGAUGUCUGUAUGCAGUCCUUGAUUCUGUCACUUCCCUCUCCCACACCCAUCAAAUCCACGUAGUGGACUGUGAGAUGUCAGAUUUGUGCCUAAAUUCCAAUGACACUGAAGGUAAACAUCAAAACUUCCACAGGCCCACACAAUCUAUAUCCCUGACAUUCUUCUGACCUGACUUGCUGCUAUCUUGUAAGUUAUUUGCUCUGCUCCAAUCAUGGUUUCUUGCUUUUCUUGGAAUAUUCUGGGCAGGUUUCAAACUCAGAACUCUUAGACUUACUGUUAUCCUGAUUGUGCUGUUGUUAGGUUGUGGUUUGUCUCUCAGAUUUUUACAUGCUGGAAACAUGGUCCUCUGGGUGGCUAUGUGGAGAGCAUUGGAACCUUUAGGCAGUGGACACUAUUGGCAGGUAAUUAGAUCAUUUAUGUCAAUGCCUUCAGGAAAGACUUAGUGUAAUUCUCGUGGGACCCUAGUUGGUCUUCAUGUGAGUGUUGUAGGGCAAGGCCCCUGAUGCUCUGGCAUCAUUUGCACCCUGCCAUUCUCCUUAUCUCUCUUCUACCAUGUGUGACAGAAUGAUGUGAAUCUUCUCCAGAGAUUGAAUCUUUUGGCCCCUCUGAUCUGGAACAUUCGGCUUCUGAAACUGAGGUAAACAAGUUUGUUUUAAUUGUGAAGCACCCAGCCUCCGGAGUUCUGUUCCAACAACAGAAAACAGAUAAGUACAUAUAGGGAUGCUUUCUCCAGAUGUACACUUCCCUCCAUGAUGCCUACUAGGACCACUUAUUUAAAACACCUUGACUGGAUUUGCCUCUCCUGUCCCAUAGUCACUGCUUUACUUCUCUUUAGAGAACUUACGGUGGGAUAAUAUAAUACAAGAUUUAUCUACUCAUUGUGUUGUCUGCGUCUUACCAUGAUGUAGACUUCAUAGAGUCAGAAAUUGAUACCUUUUGCUGAAGUACUUAGGGUUACAGAACUUGGCACAUAGUACAACAGAGAUGGAUGACAACAGUAAUGAUUGCAAAGCAUACAAUGCUACAAACAUUGUUCUCUAAGGCUACACACACACACACACACACACACACACACACACACACACAUACACACAUACACACACACCCCUACCUUUGAUACAAACUCUAGGCAUACGAUGUGUGCCAGUUUGCUAGAGUGGCUAUAACAAUGUACCUCAGACUUGGUGUCUUCAACAACAGAAAUGUAUCUUUUGAUGAUUUUAGAAUAUCAAGCACAGAAUGUCAGCAGGGUUGGUUUUUCUGAGGACUGAGAGGCCAUAUUCCACAUCUCCUUCCCUUCCAGAAAUUUCUGACAUAUUUUUGGUUUGCAGAGGAAGCAUCAUCUUGUUCUCAGACCUCCUCUUCACUCAGUAUAUGCCAUACGCAGGAGUCCAUGUUCAAAUAUUUUGGUUUUUAUUAUUUGUGUAUGAAUGCACAUGGAUCUGCAUGCAUAUGUUGAAGUCAGAGAAUAACAUAUUUUUAGGUGCUAUCCACCUUUAAAAAAACAUUUAGAAACCACCACUGUUUUGGUCCUUGCCAAGUAGGCUAGGCUGGCUUCCAGGGAACCCCAAAUAUAUGUCACUUUUCCCCUCCACAGUGGUGAGCUAAUGAAUGCAUGCCACAUACUCAGGGUUUUAAAAAAAACUGCAUUUGGGGAUUAAGCUCCUGUACUUGCACUUUUACUUUACUGACUGAGCUGUCUCCGUGACAACCAAAACAAGGACAUCAAUCAUGUCAGAGUACCACCUUCAUUGUGACAUCAUCUUAACUGCACUUAUAAUGGCCUCCUUUUCUAAUAGGUUUACAAUUUGAAAGGAGGUUGUUACAUGUUAAUUUGGAGGGGAUGUACAUAAUUCAAUCUGUAAGAGUAUGAAAACUACCUAGAGACAAGAAGAGAGAGAAGUAAAACCCAGGAAAAUUGGGAGUAGAUGUUAAAAAGAGUUGAGAAAGGGGUGGAUUUUCCCAUUUUCACAGAUCUGUCACUUGAGAGUAUUACUGAAAAAUGGAGGCAGAAAUUUGGAUCUGUUGAAACACAAGACGGGAUGGAUUCUUGUGCUGUAGUUAUGCUAGGUCACAUAUCAAUUUUAUUAAAGGAAAUAUUUAAAAGCCAAGGUGCUGUCAUUAAAGCCCAAUGUGCAUUAAUGUUGUAAACAGGAGAUAUGAAACCAGAGGCUGAAGACAUUGAUAAGUAGUGAAGAGCAGUGUUUGCUCUUACAAAGGACCUGGGUUGGAUUUGAAGUUCACAUAGUGCCCCAGAACUAUUAUAACUCUAGCUCCAGGGGAUCCAACACCCUCUUUUGCCCCCCUUAAAUACUGCAUACAUAUGGUAUACAUAUAUACAUACAUACAUACAGACAGACAAGACACCUAUACAUAUAAAAUAAAAAAUGAAUCUUUAAAAAGAUAAACAAAAAGUUUCCAGAACAUGGAAAGCUCCUUAACAUUGGUCUCAGCCAUGAACUUUUUUUUUUCAUUUUUCUUUAUUAAGCUUUUGCUUAACAUACAGGGUGAUGUAAUAUACACUGUUGGCUUACAUGUUGAGAAAAGAGAGAAUGUCCUGUAUGUUCUUGGGUAAAGUUUGUCUUUGGGGAUGAAGAGACCCUAAAAAAUAGAAUUUCCCUUAUUCUACAACAGGAGCAUAAAUACCAGAUUAUAGUUUCAGAUGCACAGACUAUGCAUCUGCCUGUGUGUUGAUUUGAUUGAUGCAUUGCCACAGUUAGCAGGUAUGAACUAGAAUUCUGGCUUCCAUUCCAAGCUUCCUCCAGAACAAAGUUUUUCCAGCCUCAAGAGUCAGGUUUUCUUCUGACUAAUCCAGAAGUUUGCCUCAUCACACCCUCUCCAUAAUUUCUCUUAAGAUCAACAGAACAAACAUUCUGAUGUGUCCCCUGACCCCCACUCCUCCUUUGUCUAUUCUACUGACCAAAUUAAACCAAACAUACAAAAAAUCCCAAACAUGGACAGGCUUCAGGAAAUCGUAAGUAAAAGCCAUAGCCAAAAUUAAGCACACUAGUUGUGGACUUCAGGUGUCUGAGGAGUGGAAUUCUCCAUCCCAGAAAGCAGUCAGUAUUGUUAUUAUUUAUUGAAGUUAAUGCCUAAUUUUGAUCAUUUUUUCUAUAUUAUAUCAUUUUCUCCAAGAGCCAUACAAUUUUGUUGAUUUGUUUCUUAAAAAUAUUUCUACUCUGUACACAUAGGGUAUUUUUAAUGUUAUUAGUUUAUUAAAUCUGUGGUUUCAAAAUGGAAGAAACAGCUGGUAUGGGAUCAUUAUAUAUUUAAAAACAUUAACUGAAGGAGCUUUGUAUAUAGUCAUUAGGAAGUAGUAAUUAUAAUUGUAUAGACAAAAUUUGUUUCAUCGUCUGGGUGCUUAAAUAGUUCUGUAUCUAUGGGAAGAAUAAUAAUGGAUACAAAACAAACAAGUCUCUGGAGAGUGGCUUUAAGUUGUCACUGGGCAAAUAUCUUAGUUUAAUUAGAGGUGUUUAAUAAUAUUCUUUGUCUAGAAAUUACUUUCACCAAAAUAUUUUUGUCAAUAUAAAAUAUAUUUUAACCCUCAAUAGUCCUUUUUCUUUUCAGAUCAAAGAGAAUCUUUCUAUGUAGGAUCUAACUUUUCAUCAUUGUUUUCACUGAUGGAAAUGAUGAAUACAUGUACUACAUCUCUACUUCAGUUGUCAGAUGAGUUCCCAGUGUCUCAGUAUAGAAAGGUUAUCAUAUAGAAGUUUUGCAAAGUUAAAACUAUUUAGUGGCGUUUCAAAUGAAAAUGGUCUAAGGGUAUCUCAGUGAGUCAAUCAUUUGUUGUUGAUGCUAAGAAGAGGCCAACAGUGGGCUCAUUUAUCACAGGUUGAAAGAUGUAAACAAGGCAUCUUUGGGUACUUCAGGGAAAGGGUAUCAUGAACUUGUGGUCUGAUGGUUGUGAAACUGAGCAUUCAGUGCUGUGGGAUGUCAUUCUGUAUGCUGUGAAUAUGUGGUGCUCUGAUUGGUUGAUAAAUAAAGCACUGAUUGGCCAGUCGCCAGGCAGGAAGUAUAGGCAGGGUAAGCAGAUGAGGAGAAUUCUGGAAAGAGGAAGGGCUGAGUCAGGAGUCACCAGCCAGCCAGACACAGAGGAAGCAAGAUGACAAGCAGAACUGAGAAAAGGUACCAAGCCACAUGGCUAAACAUGAAUAAGAAUUAUGGGUUAAUUUAAGUGUAAGAGCUAGUCAGUAAUAAGCCUGAGCUAAUGGCCAUACAGUUUGUAAUUAAUAUAAGCCUGUGUGUUUAUUUGGCUCUGAGUGGCUACAGGGGCCUGGUGGGACCGCAGAAACCAUUGGCACCCACCAUGUUUAAGAGAAUAUGGGACAAGUGUGCAGAGAUUUUUGACUUCUUCAUCAGCAUAAGUGGAAUCAACUAGACUCAUUUUGUGUGUGUGUGUGUGUGUGUGUGUGUGUGUGCGCGCGCGUGCGUGUGUGCGUGCGCGUGCGUGUGUGCGUGCGCAUGCACAAUAGUAAUUCCACCUUUUGAAGAACUGGGCAAAUGGUUACUACCUCCCAGGUACUGUGCAGGGUCUGCACACACUUGGCACACAGGAUAUUCUUAUUAAGAGGUUGUAAUUACUGAAAUAGGAGUUUAGGAUGUUUGGGUUGGAGAAAAGAAGACCAUGGAAAGAAAUGAUGUUAAUAUUUGUAUAUAAAUAAGGCAAUUAUCUUGUAGCAGAGGACAACAAUAAUUAGUUAUUAACAGGAGGGUAGCCUGCAGCUUAUUUUAAGAAGCAACUGUGAGUAGAAUUGGAAAGUGGUAAACCAGAUUGUUUUGUGAGAGAGACCCUUGUCACUAAAUAAUUUCAAAUCUGAAGUCACUCCCUCUCCCACCCUGCCAAUGUUUUGAAGAGGUUUGAUCAUUGAAAGGCAGAUUUCAUCAUGCCAUUUAUAAGGUCUCCUCCAAGUUAACAACCUAUGAUUCUAAUUAUUGAUUAGGUCAACAUAGAAUUUCUUCUUUCCCACAAACAUUAAAGCUCCAGAUUCAUAGUCACCAAGGUACCACAAAAGCAAGUAAGAAGUACAUAAGAAAUACAAGGAGUCUGCAGGGCUCAGAGAAUAAACAGGAUGCUCUCCUGGAUCUGGCCAUUUCCUAGAGAUAUUAGAGAAGAUUCGGAAAGAGGAAUGUACAGCAGAAACAGUAUAAUCCUUUGUGACGUGCAGCGGUUCAUAUUGUGUAUGCCGGGGUUCAUGUUAUGUGUGUAGGGAAUACUAGAGUAAGUUAUCCAGAACCAAUGGGAUAACUUCCCCAAUGAGAACUUGUAAAGAAAGUGGACAUUCCAGAAAUACAGGAUGUCUUUGUUGGGGUAAUCAUUGUCCUAAGUUAUUGGCUGUUCAGGUUUCUUGACUGAAUAUAAAUCACUAUAUUCCUCCUAUUUUCACUUACAAACUCUUCAUGAAGAUAAUGCAUUAAGGCCACCCUGAUGAAAAUUCAAUCUGGUGGCAGUAAAUUGACAUUUGAUCACUCACAAGCUAGUGUGGUGAUAUUUAGUUUGUGCUCUAACAAAUAAAGCUUGCCUGGAGAUCAGAGUGGGGAGCUAGCCAUUAGUUAGCCAUAGAAGCCAGGCAGUGUUGGCACACACCUAUAAUUCCAGCACUUGGGAGGAGGAAACAGGAAGAUCAGGAGUUCAAGGCCACCCUGAGCUACACGAGAUCGAUCCAGUCUAAAAGAGAAACAGCCAGAUGUUGGAGGCACAUGCCUUUAAUCUCAGCACUUGGGAUCUCAUGCCUUUAGUCUCAGCACUUGGGAUCUCAUGCUUUUAAUCCCAGCACUAAGGCAGGUCGAGACAGGAAGUGAUAGGGCUGUGUGGAGAGAGGAAUAUAAGGCGGGAGGAGAAAGGAGCUCACCCCCUUUUCAGUCUGAGAAUUCAGUAGAGGUAAGAAGUCUCUCUACUGGCUGGCUCCCUUACUUCUCUGAUCUUUCAGCAUUUACUCCUAUAUCUGACUCUGGGUUUUUGUUAUUAAGACCAAUUAGAAUUCACGCUACAACUAAUUCUCAUCCACUGGCUGACAUACUUCUGUGGACCAUGUUACCUUAAAUAUAUUGGCUAGUCAAGUCUGGCUCAUGUAUUUAUUUGUUGUAUUUCAAUUUUGAGCUUGUCAGGUCAAGUGGCAGAUCAGAGCACUGCUUAAGGCAAGUGUAAUAGACAUACCAAGUUUUGAUUAAUUAUCUAAUCUUCCAACUAUACACCACCCCUUGUCUGCCCUUGGAAGAACUUACUGUCUGUUACUUUCAAAGUGCGAGAACUACUUGUGAAUAUGAUAUGUUAGCCAAGCAUACCUAAAGAGAAGGCUGGUGUUGAAUCUCACUUCAUUUACUAGACAAUCUGCUGAGUAGUUUUCUCUCUGUUUCCUCUGUUCUUUAAUUUCUUUGCUUCAACAUCAUUUACUCCCAGUUUGGUGCUGGCAAUUCAAUGUUUGUGUCAAUUCAACAUUUUCUGUCCACUCAGGAGCAGAGGCUCUUAGCUCUCGAUGGGAGUUGGCUCUUACAGCCUCAUUCUAGAAGCAGCUUUUAGUCUCAUGAUUUUCCCCAUGAGGCACCUGCAUCUUUAGCUCCUCAGUACUGUUAAUGACUCUAAAAAUAUAUGAAGCUUAAAUGAGCCCCCAAAGUAGCACUUUUUUUGUACUACCUGUUGACUGAAAAAGUGCUAAUAUGCUUUGCUUGAGGAGAGAUGGCCAACUAAGGAGGAAAAAGGAACAAUUUCCUCUCAUUGACCAAGACCUUGAAUGGUUUAUGAGGCAAUAUGUAUGAAACACACAGGACAAGCAGCAAGGAAAUUUUCCAUAUGAUUACUUUACAAGAGAGAACAAUAAAAGAACAGAGCAUGAAUGAUAUAGCAUUCCAAACAUAAUUCUGAUACUGCUUUUGAAGGUAAAGUUUUAUGUGUGCAUGCCAGAGUAUGUGUAUACAUCAAACUGUGUUUGAAUCUGAUGUGCAGGGACUUAGAAGCCACAGCCAUAGUGUCUAACUCUGGACAAGUGGUAUUAACCAAAGGAUAAACAAAGAUGCUAUAACGGGCAAACGGGUAAGUGCUGGCACCCACGGCAGUGAGGGCAUAAACACACAAAUGGAAUUUUCCUUUUCAUGUUCUUCCUAUUGAUUUGUGCAGCCCUGUUUAUAGAAGUCACCAGAAUGGAGCUCUCGGGGCAGUGGAAGGCGCAGAGACACAACAGAGACGCUCCUUCCUUUCAUGUCCUGUGCCUGCUGUCAAGCAGUGAGCUGUCAUCCAUCACCCCACUCUCAUUUCACUUUAACCCCUCCUGCCUUCUUCAUGCUGUAUGUGCUCUUUGUUCUAAACCAAAUCACAUUGUCUGUCCCCUUCAUAUUUUUCUCACUUCUUCUGGACUCCCUGUCGACACAUUCUGGAUUUGACAUUGUCAUUGAUCCUGUGGUCCUUGCUGUUUACUUCACUGGUCCAUUGUGUGUUCAUGUUCUCCCCUGUCUGCCCCAAAGCUAAGGAUCGUGCAGUGGACUGAGUAUUCUAGAAUUCUUAGAGCCACACAUUACACAUCAGAGCUUGAGGAACCAAGCUUGAGCCCAGGUCCCUGCUGUCCGUUCUUUGGGUCAUGACCUUUAGUCGUGUUACACAAAUCUGUCUCUAACUCUUAUGAUGUAGUCAUUUGCAUCCAAAGGCCAUACCUUUCAAAGCAGCCUCAGAAGUUUCAGUGAGGUUUUCAUCUUCCAGAGUGUUAAAGGGUAAAGUGAGGCACAAUAUACAUGUUUUUUUGUUGUUGUUGUUUUGAGGAGUUUUUGAGUUUCAGGAAAUUUUCUAGCAAACACAGAUUCAGGAAUUGGGCAGCUCCAAAAUAGGAACUGGCUCAGAGGCUCCACUGAGGUAAGGCAAGGACAAGAUUUUUACAGGGUGAGCACAGGAAUAAUGCAGAUAAUGCAUUGCGUUUGAUUAGCUACAUAGUUACUUUGUAUGUCUGUCCUGCUGCAAAGUCCCUACUUAGAUAGAUGUAGUUAGUAGAUGGUUGUCUCACCUGCCUUAAGUUUCAUUUUUCAUACUAUCCAUAUAUAAGAAAGCUCAAGGGAAGUUUCACUUAUAUUUGUAAAUCAAGCAGCUCAGAUCACAUGAGAGGCCCAGCUGGCUAUGGAUUCUCUAGAAUCAGUAUUUGGGUUUAUUUUUCAAAGCUAAUUGACCAAGUUACAAUUUCCUUGCCAUGCUUUAAAAUCAUGAAUUUUAAAUUUAUACCAAGAGACCAAGUAUUGUUUUUCCAACAUGUUAAGAAAUGCAUGUCAGGGCCCAGAAGAGUGCUCAGUGGGUUAACACACUUGCCUACUGACCUGAGUUCAAUUCUGGGCCUUAUGAUAGGAGGAGAGGAGAGACCUAACUCCUGAAACCUGUCCUCCAACCACCACACAAACAUGCAAGCUAGACAUGGUGGGACACAAUUACAGUCCCAGUGCUUGGGAGGAUAGCGAGCCUGAGGCUAGCCUGAGUUAUAUAAGGAGACCCUGUCCCCCAAAACACCACUAACAAAGAGCAAAAGUCAAUGCUACAUGUACACUUGAAAGCUCACCCAAGGUACUAGACUAACUGAGCAGAGAAUACAAAACCCACGGGUAAUUUUGUUUUGUUUUCAUGUGCAAUAGAUUUUUUUCAAUGAAUUUAGUGCAUGUAAGAUUAAGAAUGUAGACUGUUGCUAGGACAGUUAUCAACUGAUGGAAGUAAAUUUCUUCAGCAUGACAUGUAUUCCCUAGGCUGUAAGAUGAAUGGCUAGGGUGGCCGGGAUCUCUAGAAGAACUUGCCUAUAGAUUUUUCCAUACAUUUUUGCUUCCUGUGUUAAAUGUGCCAGCAUUCGAUGUUAAUAUUUGCUCUUUUUGAGUCUGAAAGCAGAUUAUUGUUUUUGUUUCCUUUUGGCCAUGGGGCCUUUAAUUUCAAUCCUUUUAUGUUUCAUAGACACAGUGAUAAAAUAUACAAUAAAAUCUGAUGCCAAGGUC